AUGGCCAUCUCUCUUGCCAACAACAACUGUAGCCCGACGCGGCUGGGUCUAGUUCCUGACGAAAAGUUGAAGAAGCAGAGCAUGUGGCAUAAAUUAGGUCUGCGAAGAUGGCUGGGCCGCGACGAUCGAGAUUCUUCCGACGACUCUUCCUCCCCCCACAACAACCACAAUCAAAAUCAUAACCGCGCUGCCUCGGUCGACAGCAACUCACGUUCUAGACAGGACAACUUGACCCGUCGACUAUCUCGUCGGGUAGGGCACCCCCCCGAACAUGAACACCGUCGCGCCCAGUCUGCCGACCGCAGUAGCCCCUCGAACGCCCGAUCCCAGUCUCCACUACCACCAACGGGCCCACGACUGUCCGCGCCAGAGGUUCAGUGGCUCGGCCCGACACCUGCUACCAUGGUUGACGAACCCCUGGACGAUUUCGAUCCCUUUGCAUCUCCCGAACCCCUCGAACCCCUCGAACUUGUGGAAUCACAACCGAAUGAAGAGAGCAGUCUCUAUGCAGACUGGGAAGGCGACGUGACAACCGAUACCCCUGAGGUGGAGGCGCCGGCGCCGGCACCGGACACAAUCGAUAUGGAUCUGGAUAAUCGAUGGAUUCUCAAUCUGAGUAUGCACUUCCGGGACCGUUCAGAGAGGGAGAAGUUUUUUAUCACCUACGUCGAAAACCCUUACCAAUGGCGACGAGUGACGAUCUCAUGCGAUUACCGUGGAGCAGAGCCCGAUUCGCUGGAGGCUGAUCUGAAGGGACUUCGAUAUCAGCGAGACAAAAGCGUUCGGAUCUACGAGUCACUCCGUGAUUCCCUGGCUGACAUCCAGUUCUACGAUACUGUGACGAAUCUGAAGGUUGAAACCAGCGAUGGCCGUCUCCACGUUCAUGUCACCGAGGACGUCAACGAAAUCAUUCCCUACCCACCCAUUUCCAGCAUCGGUCAUCUCGCAGGCGCUCGAUGCAUUCCCGAAACCCACCUCCACUUCGAUGCGCAUCUUUCCGGUUUUGUUUAUAAAGUGCAACAGGGUGGACACAAUUUCAUCAAGAAGGAAAUUCCUGGCCCCGACACCGUCGAUGAAUUCCUUUACGAGAUAAAUGCUCUUCACGCCCUGGUCGGAUCGCCCAAUGUGAUUCAAGUGGGAGGCAUUGUGGUGGAUGAGCAUCAUCAGAAAGUCAAGGGGCUCCUCAUUAGCUACGCUGAACAAGGUGCCUUGGUUGACAUCUUGUACGAUCAGCGUGGUCGCAUUCCCUUUGCGAGGCGGGAGCGGUGGGCCAAAGAAAUUGUCCAGGGGUUAUGCGAGAUCCACGAGUCCGGCUACGUCCAAGGCGAUUUCACGCUGUCAAAUAUCGUGGUGGAUGGGGAAGACAAGGCCUCUAUUAUCGACAUCAAUCGCAGAGGCUGCCCUGUUGGAUGGGAGCCCCCCGAAAUUGCUCAGAAAAUUGAGAGCAACCAGCGGAUCUCGAUGUACAUUGGCGUCAAGACAGACCUCUACCAGCUCGGCAUGACAUUGUGGGCAUUGGCAAUGCAAGAAGAUGAGCCUGAAAGACAACCUCGUCCAUUAUUCCUCGGUUUUGAUGUGGAUGUUCCUGAUUACUAUCGACGAAUAGUCGAUAUCUGUUUGAGCCCAAUGCCUCGACACAGAAUAUCCGCCAAAGAACUACUCUCGUUCUUUCCCACACAUCUAUUUUCUCGACCAGACCACCGAUUCCCAUACGCCACCUCAGCAAUGACCCACCUUCCUAAAGGCAAUAUUGUCGAUUCCCAGCGCACGAGAAAUACACCAAAUCCCAAUCUAUUCACCCCUGUUCCAUCAGUGAAGUAUUCGAGUGAGCAGGAUAUCGAUAUUUCUCCGCCCCUGUUCCACAACCACCCUGGUCAGGGUAAACGAUCGACCGUCACACUUGCUGAUUCCAACGACGGAAUCGCCUUUCCAUCUCGGCAUUCUUCCACGUCCACUCUAAACCACCAUGAAUCCGACGGUCUGGACGACGGGUGUUGGAAUGAAGAUUCCCACGCUUCCUUCCAGGAACCAGCUUCGGAAUUGCCAACUGAUCAUCAAAUACAAACUGCCGUACCAUCUGUAUGGGAAAAUACAGUCGUUCACGACCUCAAUCCAGUGGAAACGGAGCCCCAACCACGACUGUGGGAAUCACAUAUCGAAUCGGAGGAAUCAACUGGUGGAUGUCAAUUGCCCCUUGCCAACGACGCAGAAGCGGCCCGAUUCAUUCCUCUAGAGCCUUCAUACCACCCUUCCAAUGCUACAACGGCGAACGAGCCACUAUCUAAUAGGCUUGGUCUCGCCGAUGAUGAAGACUCUAAAUCAACUCCCACCGAUGGCAACAACGCGCCUCUGGUGCGAUCAAAUGAGUUUCCUGAAACGUCAGCAUCCCUGUUUCUCUCAGCUCUGCCGAUUAACCCGGCGCUCUCCAAGCGCAAGUCGUUUCCUCCAGAUCUUCGCACCGUUCGCCAAAACGAGGACAUAUCUGCUCAGUCCAACCCUUCUCACCAUCAAUUGGCAUUCCUGCUCGCCGAUUCUCAAUUGCCAAUCAACCCAGCCGUGGCUCACCCUGUCCCUUUACCCGUCUCUACGGAGUCAGAGACUCCAGACUCUUCGAAAGCACCGCCUAAGCAGCCCGUGAUCACUCCCCAAGGGCUGAACAUACCUCUUUCAGAGUCUCGGCUGCCAAUCAAUCCAGCAAUAGGCAUAUCGAAGCGCAAAUCUUUCCCUUCGGGCUCGAUAUCUGCCCGAGAUUCUGGAAUACACUUUGCCCAACCUAAAACGGUUUCUGAGCGGCUGGUAUCGUUCCUGUCUGAAUCUCGAUUACCUAUCAACCCUGCUCUGAGCAUCUCUGAACCCAAUACCAUUCUCCCGACCUCGGAAAAUCAACCACACCCCGGUUUACGACCAGCACGAGCACCUCUUCAACGCCGCCUGACGCCAUCUCUGUCUGAAUCUAUAUUACCCAUCAACCCUGCCCUAAGUACCCCUGAAUCCAACACCAUUCCUUCGGUUUCAGAGAAUAAACCACAUCCCGGGCUACGACCAGCACGACCCUCCAUCCAACGCCGAUUGGCACCAUCUUUGACCGAAUCCCAAUUACCCAUCAAUCCCGCGUUUAGAGAAAGCCUCGUCAAUCUCAUCUAA